GUGGUUGUAUUGUUGGUCUGUGAUAUUUUAAGUUCUCCACAUUCCUCAAACAGCAUAGUUGGUGAAUUUUUCAUGAUAAUGGUUGAAGCUAUGAAUGAAGACGUUUGCCUCCGGACAAUGCUGGAAACUUCAAGAAGGACUGUUUAUCAGACAUUAUUUAGGAUUUAUCAGCAUUACUUCCAUGGUUCUAGUCAGGAUGCUAUCAGGGAGUGGUUUAGUCUGCUGGGUAUUUCUGUAGAAUCCGGGCUUCACCUAAACGAAGGAAACUUGGUGCUACCUGCUUUUGAUUUUUCGAGUGUUGUGCAAGGCAUGUGUGAUAAUCCAGACUGCUCAUCACCUGAAGAGAGAUACAACCAUGUCAACAUUGUUCUUCCAUGGAGAUUUAGAGAGUGUGAUAGACAACAUACAUGUAUACUUCAGAAUCGCAUUAACCACUGGUUUCAUACAACUGAACAAUGUAAUGCGUCAUACAGACCCAAUAACCCUGAAAACUUCAAUGCAACAAAUUCAGGAUCUGGAACUUGUACAACUACCACCUGCGGUGGUACACGGGAUCGAACUCGCUGUCUUUCAUCUAAUGAUCUACCACUUGUGCUUCCAAUCAAUAUACAAGGGAUGCAGUUUUCCUCAAGUGACGAAAUACCUAUGCAUGUUGAUUUCAAUGGAGCAAGAUUUCGUUUAGCUGGUGUUACAUUCCUUACACAAGAGGAUGGUGUUCAACAAGCAACCAGCAGAAUAUUUGGUGCUAGACGAUCAUUUUACCACAGCGGCGAUUCAGUCCAUUCCGACAUUCCUCAGGAAGAUCCUUUGAAUGAAGUUUUAUCGUUUGUGUAUUAUGUCAUAGAUACGGAUGCCCUCUGAUUAAUUUCAAUUCAGUGAUAUAUAUAUAUAUAUAUAUAUAUAUAUAUAUAUAUUGAAAAUAACUCCCAAUGGAUAAAUUUACUAGCAUUGAUAAUCUGCACGUGAUUAUGAAUGGAGAAUCGACGAGAAGAACCCAUGGGUAACCGACGAUGGUAUGCACGUUACUUAAUCAUUUAUACUUUUUUAAGAAAUACCCUCACUCACUCACUGGAUACUGUUAGUGAUUAUUAUCACAUCAGUGCCGCUAUGGUAUUUCUCCAUGUCACAGUUUUUGGCUAUAUUUUCGGCCUCCUGAUAUGUUAGGCCCGCAGUUGUAAAGUUCCUUACCAGCGUGUCUCGCCAUCUCUGCCGUUGUCGUCCUUGUUUUCGUCUGCCUCCGACCGAUGUAGGGUCCCACUCGUACAUUCGCUUAGGGAAUCUUUCGUCUCCCAUCCUCGACAUGUGACCAAACCAUCUCAGCCGAUUCCUCAUGAGUAGUGUUGAGGCAUAUGGUUGAUCUGUGAGCUCUCGAAUGUCACUGUUGCGCCUUCGUUCCCACCAUUUGGUCUUCAGAAUAAUUCUAAGACAUCUGGAAUCGAAGGCGUCUAGUCGUUGCUCAUGUUUCCUGGUUGUGCCCCAUGUCUCAGAUGCAUACAACAAUGUUGGAAUGACAACUGCUCUAUAUAUUCUCAUUUUUAUUUUAAGACUGAUCUUUGCUCCCCAAGUGUUGCGCAAGUUCUUAAAUGCAUUGGCGGCUUUUCCUAUACGAAUGUUCAGCUCAGUAUCGAUGGAAUUAAUUGGUGUUACAGUUUAGCCUAGGUAGUUAAACUUCUCAACUUUAUCAAUGGUAGACUCUCCAUCUUUCACGUAUGCCGAUGUUUCACCUAUUAGCAUAACCUUGGUUUUCUCUGCAGAAACUACAAGGCCAACCUUGUUCUCCUGAGUCUUGCCAGUGCUGCUGCUGAUUUUUCCUCGUCUGGUUCUAUCAGAGCCACAUCAUCAGCAAAGUCGAGGUCUGAUAGUUUCCAACCGUCCUCGAUUCCCCUGAGUGUACGAACACGCUUCUUCAUCUGCAAUCCAUGACUGUCACAGGAUUUUCUUAAUACCCAGUCUAUGAGAAUGCCAAACAGUAGAGGAGACCAAACACAACCUUGCCUCAUCCCAGUCUCGAACAAAAAACCAGUCGGAAAAUUCGCCUCCUACUUUCACUCUAGCCUGAGAUCCAUUAUAGGUGUUUCUGAUAAUGCUUAUGAUCUUAUCUGGGAUGCCGUAUUCUUUUAUUAUUCUCCAUAAGGAUGGUCUAUGUACGCUGUCAAAAGCUGCUUUAAAGUCCUCAAAAGUGGUGACUGCUGGUAUUUGAAACUCAAGGCAUUUUCCGAUCAGUAUUCUUAGACAAAAUAUUUGGUCAAUACAUCCUCUCGAUCUCCAAAAUCCUGCUUGAUUCUCUCGUAGUCUUUUAUCAACAGCAUCUUUUAUCCUGUUCAAUACAAUCCAGGCGAAGGCUUUUCCUGCCACAGAUAAUAGUGCAAUGCCCCUGUAGUUCUUGCAGUCUUUGAUGUCACCUUUUUUAAAGAGAAUACAAAGUUCAUUUUUUUCCAGUCUAGAGGCACCUGCUCUUCUUGCCAGAUCUUAAGCAAGAGUGAAUAGAACCUGGCUCUGGUGGGUUGACCUCCACAUUUUAUCAGUUCUGUUGUAACACUGUCUGUACCAGCUGACUUGUUGUUCUUCAGUUUGCACUUCUUUUUUUUUACAAGGGCAUCAAGCUUUCUGUAUUCCUUUGAGCUUCAUAUAGUUCCAGUUGAAUCCUUCCUUGCUUUUGCCGUUCGUCUCUUUUCCACCAAUUCUUCUGUUUGAACACUAAUCCAUUCUUUUCUUUUAUGCCUAAUCCUACCAAUGGUGUUUUCUGCAGCAUGUAGAAUUCCAUUUUUGAUGUUAUCCCAGUCUUCUUCUAUCUCAAGCUGUUGACUGUUCUCCUCUAUCAGAUGUUUCUUCACUUCUUGUUGGUAUUUUUCUUUCAUUAUCUGGUCGUUAAGUUUGUAAGUGGCAAACUUUCCUUUUGCACCCCUUGAUUUAGGUUUUGCCAGUUUCAUGGUGGUAGUAGAAAUUAGUAGCUCAUGGUCGCUGAAGAUAUCAGCACCCCUGUAGGUUCUACAGUCUGUCAUGGAGCGUUUCCAUCUACUAUUGAUGAUGAUAUGAUCAAGCUGUGCUCUUGUUCUUGAUACUGUAUUGCUAGUCCACGUAUACUUAUGAAUUUCCUUGUGCUGAAAGAUGGUACCAACAAUUACUAAACCAUGGGUACUACAUAUGUCAAGGAGUCUCUGUCCAUUCUCGUUCAUGUCACCCAUGGCCUAUUACUCUGGGAUAUGCUGUUGUAUCUUGUCCCAUUCUAGCAUUAAAAUCACCAAUCAAGAGGCACAUAUCAUGUCGUGGUAUAUUGCCCAGAAUGUUGUUCAACUGGUCAUAACAUUUUAAUUUUAAGAAAUACGAAACCGGUGAUAAUGAUGUGCCAUGACGUUACAUUUUACAUUAUGCACCAAUAUUUUUACAGUAUGUUUUUCUCUAUGACACUAAUAUUGUGAUGCUAUGCAUGUAAAGUUCACUGUCUCGACUUUUUGAUCACACAAUACAUCUGCCACAUGGAAUUUUUUCAAACUGUUAAGGAAUUAGAGGGAACCCGUAGGGUAAUGUUUUAUAUACAGAUUGUUGCAAAAUUUGUUUUAGUUUCAGUAUUAUCUGUUGCAUAUGUUUUAACUUUACAAUAUAACUCACCUGAAACAAUUGUCUUUCACUAAAGUAGCAAAAGCAAAACAUGUGCCAAAUUGAGGCUGCUAAAUUCUCACCAUAUCUUUUGUUGUUGAUAAUAUAUUUUACAUAUGAUGAACAUUUAUAAAUUUCUAAUAAUUAUUUUUCUUUGUCUGUGAUAUAUCAAUAUUUUGAUACUCUUGUAAAAUACUUUCGUAAGCACACCCCCCCCCCCUAUAUAUCUGCGCCCCCCAGACCCCCUGUCUCGGUAAUAUUCGAACCCAAGCUACGCCAAUGGUCGUAAUAUUCAUUGAUAGGGAUGCAGUAUUUUAUUUCUAUUAGCAUUAUUGACGACUGCAGCCUUCCCUAUAUUUUUUAAAUUGUGUUCAGUGCCAUAAUUUAUUAACUCUAUUUGUUAUUUCGUUGAAUAAACCUUGUAAACUGUAAGAUAACAUAAAAAUGUGCCAAAGUACAAUUUAUGUACUAAUGCGCUCAUAGAGUGUAUAAAUCAUGAUAUCAAAUAUUUUUCUAGAUGCAAGAUAUGUAUGUACAUGUAUGCUCAGGUGAUUAUUUCAAUAGAACAGAACGAUGACACGUAAUGGCAUUUGUGAUGGCUUUACUUAAUAAAAACAUAUUUCCAAUUUAA